GACAUCUGCCAGGAGGUCAUCAAGCAGUCCAAUGUGCAGAUCCUCGUGCCCCCCGCGCGCCCUGACAUUAUGCUCUUCCGUCCAGGGGCCGCGGACCUCGGCUUCCCUCUUGACAUGACCAACGGUGCCACUUUGGCACCCAAUGGCAACGGCAUCGCUGGUAUGCCUGAAGACGAGGCCACGCGGGCCGCGCUCACCGCUGCGCAGUCCUCCCUGCCUGUUCUGCAGGGUGUGGACCGCCUGCCCAUGGUGGCGGGACCCCUGUCCCCACCACUGCUGGCCUCGCCCUUCCAGAAUGUUGCUGCUAGUGGCCCCACUUUAAGCACCAAGAGGGGCAGAGGGCGUCCCCGUAAAGCCAAUCUCUUGGACUCCAUGAUGUUUGGUGCCCCAGGGGGGCUGCGAGAGGCUGGGAUCCUGCCCUGUGGCCUCUGUGGGAAAGUAUUUACGGAUGCUAAUCGUCUUCGUCAGCACGAGGCUCAACAUGGGGUGACAAGCUUGCAGCUGGGCUACAUAGACAUCCCACCCCCAAGACUGGGUGAAAAUGGUGUCCCUGGUCAGGACGACCCCGAUGCACCCCGAAAAAGAAGCAGGACGAGGAAACAGGUUGCCUGUGAGAUCUGUGGCAAGAUUUUUCGGGACGUGUACCACCUGAAUCGGCACAAGCUGUCACACUCUGGUGAAAAGCCUUACUCUUGUCCAGUGUGUGGCUUACGGUUCAAGCGGAAAGACAGGAUGUCCUAUCACGUUCGAUCUCACGAUGGCUCUGUGGGAAAGCCCUACAUCUGCCAGAGCUGUGGAAAAGGCUUUUCCAGGCCAGACCACUUGAAUGGACACAUCAAACAGGUGCAUACCUCAGAGAGACCUCACAAGUGUCAGGAAAAUGGCAGCCACCAUGGAAUAAGCUCAGAGACAUCCACAUCCAUAGAAAAGUUGAAACUUCAAGAGACUUGUAAUGCUUCCUUUGCCACUCGUGACCGACUGCGCUCACACCUAGCAUGUCAUGAAGACAAAGUUCCAUGCCAGGUGUGUGGGAAGUACUUGCGAGCAGCAUAUAUGGCAGAUCAUUUGAAGAAACAUAGUGAAGGACCAAGCAAUUUCUGCACUAUCUGUAACCGAGGUUUCUCCUCUGCCUCCUACUUAAAGGUCCAUGUUAAAACCCACCACGGUGUUCCCCUUCCCCAGGUCUCCAGGCACCAGGAGUCCAUCCCGAAUGGGGGAGCAGCGUUCCACUGCGUCAGGACCUAUGGCAUCAAAGGCCAGAAAUGUUCACAUUCGGACCCGAUUGAGAGUUCUGAUUCAUACGGAGACCUCUCUGACACCAGUGACCUCAAGACUCCUGAGAAACAGAGCACCAAUGGGUCCUUCUCGUGUGACAUGGCAGUCAGCAAAAACAAAAUGGAGACGGAAGGAGAGAAGAAGUACCCUUGCCCUGAAUGCGGCAGCUUUUUCAGAUCAAAGUCUUAUCUGAACAAACAUAUACAGAAAGUUCACGUCAGGGCCCUUGGUGGCCCAUUGGGGGACCUCGGUCCUGCUCUAGGAUCCCCCUUUUCACCUCAACAGAACAUGUCUCUCCUGGAGUCAUUUGGGUUUCAGAUCGUCCAGUCAGCAUUUGCAUCAUCCCUAGUGGAUCCAGAGGUCGACCAGCAACCAAUGGGGCCAGAGGGGAAAUGAGAUCAGUUUGAUCUUAACGAAGCAGAGCAGCAGUCUGGCUAUAAUGAUAAGAUGCUGUGAAUGAAAGAGGAAAUAAUGAAAUUUGGUUCUAUAGCUGAGAAUUUUUUAUUCAUUUUAGCUUCCCUCUUUGUCUCAUGCCCUACCCCACCUUCUCUGGGGAGAGGGAUAAAAUGCUUCUUUAGCUGAUAAAUUACAGAAAAUGGUGACCUUGAAUAGGAGACAUGACCUAAAACACCAAAUGGAGCUUUAGAGGCUGCUGCUGGUGUUUUGUCGUGAUCUUCUAGAAUAAACAAAAGUUGCCAGCACUGAUCUGAGAAUUAGACAGUCCUAGGAACGAGGCACCUGGGGAGCUACAGCUACAGGGAGCUAUGCUUUUGUUCUCUCUAUUCCCCACCUUCCCUAACCUACCCCAGAAAAACAGUAAGUUUUAAACAGACCCAUUAUUGACCCAUUAUGGAAUAUAACGUUAAGUAAAGUGCCCCGUGGUACCUAGCAGGUUACAAUGCAGUUGUCCUUUUAAAAACAGAAAAAUUUAAAGAAGGUGAGAGAAUUUGAACCCCUUCUGCCAUUUGUGAGGCUGUGAGUGCUGCAGCAGGACUGAACUGCUGAGAAAAAUCACCAUUCAGAACAGGUUAUUUUUGUUACUUUUAACCAUGAAACU